CUGCCGAUCUGCUAUGGGGCGGAAGAAAAUCCAGAUCAGCCGGAUUUUGGACCAAAGGAACCGGCAGGUCACCUUCACCAAGAGGAAGUUUGGGCUGAUGAAGAAGGCUUACGAGCUGAGCGUCCUGUGUGACUGCGAGAUCGCCCUCAUCAUCUUCAACAGCACCAACCGGCUCUUCCAGUACGCCAGCACGGACAUGGACAAGGUGCUCCUGAAAUACACCGAAUACAGCGAGCCGCACGAGAGCCGGACCAACUCAGAUAUCCUUGAGACUCUCAAACGAAAAGGCCUGGGUCUGGAGAGCCCGGAACUGGAUCUUGAAGACGCUUUGGCCCCCGUGGGGAAACUGAGGCGCCUUGGUGAGGGUGUGGACCUGAGUGCGUCGCGGCCAAAACUAACCCAGUCGGCUGCUUCCUUGUGUAGUCUGGAGGGGGCGUCGGCGGGGACUCCCCCCUCUGGAAGCGAGGGGGGGCCGAGCAGCGCAGGAGGGUCUCCCCUUCAACCGAGUCGUCUGCCGCCGUUCAAGCCGGCUCUCCCCAAGCACGGGACUCCAUCCAGGCCCUCUCCAAGUUCCCUCACAUCCGGUGUCAGCUAUCCGAUCUUCUCGCAUGGCAACCUGAGUCGCGCGCUGUCCAACAGAACCCCACCCCCACUGUAUCUGGGGGCUGAUGCCCGUCGGACCGAAGGGCACCAUUCCGGUGGCAGGAACAACGUGGCGUCGGCUCCAAGCAGGCCGAGCAGUCGAGUGGCCGACCAGCCUCCCCUGACUUCCGCUGCCCCUCCCUCGCACCCGCCGGUCAGCAUCAAGUCUGAGCGGGCCUCCCCCACAGCCGGCUGUCUCUCAACCACCCCACAGCCCCCUCUCUGUGUCCGCCCGUCCCUCGGGGAGGCCCCCGUGGUGGACGACUACGUCAAAGCGUACCACUACUCCCUCCUCUUCUCCCGGCCCCUGGCUGAAGAACAGAGGCACCCCAGUGUCCCCGCACGCCGUUUGCAGUCCGCCGUUGAAGACUGGCAAAGAUAA